AUGCCAUUCCUGUCUCUCACAUUUAUAGAAUGUGCUCUUUUUACUCUUUGCCAUUCUCUGGACCUCAAGAGGCUAUCGUCAUCUUCUGAAUUUUCUUUCUAUAGACGCAUAAAUGGCCGCCGAAUCGUCUGCCAUGACGACCUGUGCAUACUCAAAACAGCAGAAGAAAAAGAUGCCGUAGUUGUGUCGAACGACGCCUACAGAGAUCUGCUUCGAGAACACCCUCAAUAUCGCCGAAUUCGUAGUUAUAGCAGCGUCUGCUCAUGUACAGCUUUGUGGAUGGGAAAAGAUCCACUUGGACGCUAUGGUCCUCGUUUACAGCAGUUCCUCUCCAACAACUCAACACCUUCCACUGCUCAGCUGUGUCCCUAUGCGAGGAAAUGCACAUACGGCAGCAAAUGCAAGUACUUUCAUCCCGAACGACCUAAUGGGAUGCACAUCAGCGUAACCGACCGGUUAAUGCGGGAGAAAAAUCAAAGCAGGCCACCAACCAUGCGUCCAUUGAUGCAUAUGGAGGGGCCAAAAGCAGAUCACCGUAGCGUUGGAAGGACCCGAUCGCUCAACAUCGAUCCACGAUCGGUUCAUGAGAGCAAGGCGACAUCCGCGAGACUUCUCUAUGAUGACUCCUUGGCACAAUGCUGUUGGUCGGAAUGCGUCCGUUCCACUUUCGUUCACCACAGCAGAGCAAGAAACUGGAACUCUGUUUACACCGUCGACAGCCGUCUGGGGACACAGCGAACUGAGCGUCGGUCCCCUCAACACACAAGACCAGCAGCUUGUGACUUCGGUACUGCAAUCGCAUCCCGUACGAGACAAACUCACAACGGCUUUGUCAGUACAUACUCGAUCUACAAAAAGGAUUCGGCUGAGGCAGGACUGCUGCUGCUGUUCCCGUACAGAGAAUAUUUCUCUAGUCAUCGGCUGUGCAUGAUUUCGGAAAAUUAA